AUGACGGAAGGCUCAGGCGAGGAUCACAACAGAAAUACUGCCAAGGAGAACCAUGAAUUCGAAGAUGAUGAGGAUGAUGAGUUUACUGCAACCCUUGAACAGGUUGGGGUACUUCCUCGGUUUUCUAUUUGGCCACAUAUGCCAUCUAUAGAUUACGAUCCCAAGAAGAUUGCAAAAAGGCUUGUCACUGCUGCUGCCUACUAUUUCCCCGAUAAGUCCAAUGUCGAAGAGAUUUUCCAAGAUAAAAAAGAUAACAUAAAAAGCCUUUGCAUGAAUUUGAGUGAAUCUUUCACAGAAAUUGUUGAUUCUGCUAUUCGUUAUCCUGUUGAAGAUCUUAACAUAGACGAUGAAGAAGCGGUAGAGUUUAUCCCUGUUGUGCAAGGCAAAUCACCGAAACAAGAUACGCCGGUUCCUUCUGGAGUUGAGAUGAUCAAACAAGUCUCUAUGAGUAAAAUAUCUUUAGCUGAUGAUCGGCUGGUAAAUUAUGAUCACCUCACAUAUCUUACCUUUGAGCAGUUUAAGGAUCAGAAGUUUUUGAGGGAUAGAAUCAAAAAGAUCUUGAAGCUCGAUUUAUCCCCAUUAGAUCAGCGCUUUUUAAUUCAGAAAUUGAUGUCCAGAACUUAUCGAGAGAAGAAAAAGUAUACAGAGAGUCCUUUUCAAUAUAAUGACGAUCACUGCAAAAAAAAUGGAAAUGGGGUUGUGGAUAUGGAUGGCAUGAUUGAUAAUGAUGAUGAACAUGCCAGUAAUUCGGAUGAGGUAUUUUUAAGUGAUGAGGCACUACGGCCAAACUAUUUCAAUAAGGAUAAAAUGAUUUUCGGAUGCAAGCAUUACCGGACAAAUUGUAAAAUUGAAUGCCCAGUUUGCAAAGGAUGGUACCCAUGUCCACAUUGCCAUGAUGCAGUGAUCAAGACUCACAAACUUCAAAGAAGGUUGACGCGACAUUUUUUAUGCAUGUAUUGUAAUACUCCACAGGAUCCUCAACAGUACUGUGCGAAUUGCAAUAAACCGUUUGGUAGGUACUAUUGCGACAAAUGUAAACUUUGUGAUGAUGAUCCAAAUAAGCACAUAUAUCAUUGCGAUAAAUGUGGAAUCUGCAGACUUGGACUUGGGCUCAACAAGGAUUAUUUUCAUUGUGACAAAUGUAAUGUUUGCAUAUCGAUUGAGCUACGUGACAAGCAUGUAUGUAUCGAGAAUUCGACACGUUCAAACUGUCCCAUUUGUGACGAGUAUAUGUUUAACUCCUAUAAAACGGUGGUAUUCAUGUCAUGUGGUCAUCCAAUACAUCAGGCCUGUUAUGAUAUGUAUACCAAGCAUUCAUAUAAAUGUCCAUUAUGUUCCAAAUCUAUUGUGAACAUGAAAGCUCAGUUUCGAAUUUUGGACAAAGAGAUCGAGCAAACGGUGAUGCCAGAGGAACUCAGUAACUGGAAGGCACUUAUAAAGUGCAUUGACUGUGGUGGUCGAUCAAAAGUUUCAUAUCAUUAUCUUGGACUACGAUGCAAACAUUGUGGCAGUUACAAUACCAUGCAGGUGAAGCUUUUAAAAAAUGGGGAUGAUAAAGAGUCGUGGGACUCUAACCCUAAUUUUGUUAAAGAGCAACCGCAUACAGUUAAGAAUGAACUUGAUGAAAACUUUUUAUUUGAGAAAAAACGUGAUGAUGAGGUUAGCAGAAAUGAUUCCAUAACUAAUGGAUUAGAUCAAAUUCAUGCAGAUAAGCCGAAUGAAGAUGCGUUUGGAGAUUCAUAUGUGAGGAACUUUGUUUGUGUAAUUAACAGAUUUGAAAAAUACCCAAGCAUUAGUGAAGCAUUCAAGGAUUGGAUGAGGACAUCGAUGCCUGAUAUGCAAUAA